GGCCUUUCCUUUUAUUGCGAUGGCUACCUUGGAGAGAUUACAACAGCCCGUAAUGGACAAAUCCGGCAAGAUAUUCGCUCAGGACGACAAAUUCUGGGAAAAUUACUCAAGAGGUAGACCAAAAGUCCCAGACACUUUCUGGGACCGCAUUAUCAGCUAUCACCAGAGUAACGGCGGCCAUUUUGGAACCGUUCACGAUGUCGGCGCGGGCAACGGUCCUUAUGCCCAGCGACUGAGGUCCUGGUUUGCCAAUGUCAUAGUAUCGGACAUCGUUGCCGAGAACAUCAACCUCGCACGGGAUCGCCUUAAGGGUAGAGAAGGAUUUCAAUUCCGCAUCGCUGCAUUAGAGGAUGCCGAUGACAUCCCGGCAGGGAGCGUAGAUAUGGUCUUUGCGACGAACAUGAUGCAUUUUGCAGAACCUCAAAAAGAUGCCAUGGCAACUAUUGCCCGUCAGCUGCGUUCAGGUGGUACAUUUAAUUUAUGGGAACGAGUAAGCUAUCAGGGCGGCAGGGAGCUACUCAAAGUGUCGGAUGAUCCAGACCAGAUCAUUAAAGUGAUGGCACGGACACAAGACCAGUACAAUGUCGCACCACUUGAUCGAGCACUUUUCGCCGAUAAUUUGCGAAUACAUGUCAAUAUGGGGAAUGGCGGAAUUCAAGGAAUGCUGCCUCCGGAAUUUGCGCACAGAAACACCGAGCCGAACUACAGCGAGGGCGACAAUGAGAUGGACGAAGACAUGGAUGGGUGGACAUUUGAGACAGACCUGGCCGGUGUCAAGGAGCACUUUGGGUCGUUCCCAUUCAUUUCGAGGUUUCCCGACGCUUUCACAGACUUGUACAAAGAGCUGGACGAGUUGCUAGCCGACGGAAGAACUGUGGAAGGCUAUUUUCCAGUCACGAUAAUUUUGGCAACGAGAAAGUAG